AUGCUAGAGGCAUCGUCCGACAACGCGGCGGAUAACGUGUCGAAGGACCUCGAGCUCUCCACCACCGCCACCGUGGAGGAGACAGAUGUAAGUGUGUAUGCUCUGCACGAAUGUGAAGUUGAAAUAAUGAACAAGGACUAUACCAUGGCUGCAUUUAAGCAUUUAGCUCAUAAUUACAAUGAUUUAUUGUCAAAAUAUAAAUUGGUAGAACCAGAUGCUCCGGAAGACUACGUUAGACCAACAUCCCUAGAGGAUACUAAUACAAAUACACAUGCUGACAUCCAAGCUAUCAACAUUGUGGACGAUCAUGCUCACAUUGAGGUUGCAUCAUAUGUGGAUGCUCAAAGAGCUAUGACCAACUUGAACAAAACACCAUUAAAAAGCAAUGUGAUGAAAGUCGAGAAAUCCAAAUUCGAUACAGUGAUUGUCUCUCCUGCAAAUAAGGAAAACAAAACUGGGGCAAUCUACCGUACUAUGCAUUACAAAAAUCUACAUAAGCGAAUUGACAGGACUAAAAAUAUACCACCAACCUCCUCUAUAUAUGUGACCAAUUUACCGUGAGUAAUUAUUAUAAUUCCCAUUCAUUACCGUUCAUCACUUCAUUAUUCUACAUGUCAUAUAUCUAUUAAUCAAUUUCUAUUUCCAUUCAUACAAGACUAUGAUAAAGCUGAUCUACAACAGCAAUUUGCCAAAAAAGGGAUCAAUUUCGAAAUUGAUCAAGUGGUGUCAGG